AUGCUCAAUUCGGUUUUAUUAUCCUUAAUUUUGGUGGCCAAUCAGCAGCAAUUUAUUAAUGCAGCCUGUAAGUUCGUCUGGCCUUUGAUUUUAUCAAAAAAAAUUUUAUUCGAAAAAAUGAUGAUUAAUUAUGAGAAAUUUGCAGCCCCUCCAUCAUUUAUCGCGGAACCGCCGGCAACUGUUUGGUUUCAGCCGAAUGAUGAUCUCACCGGACGUCAGACCAAAAUCGAACUUCCGUGCACGGCGGACGGGGAUCCGGAAACGUAAGCGGAGAAAGUGAAAAAAUAAAAAAAAUUUUUUUUUUGAUUUUUCUGUAUAAAAAUCACAAGUUUUGACCCCUUUUUCUCCAAGGUUGGCAAAAGAAAUCUGCCAAAAAUAAGCAACCAAAAAAACAUGUCAAAAAUAAGGCACCAAAAUUUUUUAUUUUAGCUUCAAGUGGAAGAAAGACGAGCAAGACUUUGCCAUUGACGGCGAGCACGUGAUCUGGACAAGGCCGGAGCAAAGCGGCUCCAUUCAAUUCAAAAACCCCACCUUUGAGGAUGAGGGCUUUUAUCAAUGCUUUGUAUCGAACGCGUUUGGAACGGCCGUCUCAAAUCGAGUUCAUGUCCGCAGAGGAUGUGAGUUUUGCUUGCAAUUCACUUCAAUCUUGACCCAUUUCCAGUUCUCCAGCACUUCUCCGAGCGUCCUCUUCGAAUUCUCCGGAUCAAAGAGGGCAAAUCGGUCUCGAUUCCGUGUGAAGCGCCCUCCGGAACGCCCAAGCCUACAGUGAACUGGGUGCUGCGAGACCUGCAGGUCCAUUCGGUCCUCGAGUCGGUCGGAAAGAACAAUCGAAUAUCCGUUGAUGAAGAGGGAACAUUGCAUUUCACUUACGUGGAGAGGAAUGAUUCCCAAUCCACAAGGAUUUUCGAAUGCGCCGUGUCUUCGCCCGUCCUCCGAGGGGAGUACAGAGGGGGAGAUCGCGUGCAACUCGUGGUGCUGCCGCAAAAAAGUAAGUUGUUUUGGAGAAACUGCCAAAAUUCUGCUUUUAUCUUGGAGUAUGAAUUUCAAAAUUUUGAUGUUCUCAAUGCACAAUGCUUUGAAUUUUUCCAAAUUUGGCUAUAACCCUAGGAAAAAUAUUUUUUCCGCGUUUUGAAGGAUUUACUAAUCUUUCCGGUCCAUGGUAUCUUUUGAGUCUUUCAGACAUUCCCAUUCUGGAGCCGCAUCUUCUGUACCGUUCGCCGGAACGAGUGCAAGUCCGCGCCGGCGAAACCUUGAAGCUGACCUGUAUCCACGGCGGCUAUCCCUUUCCUCGGCCGGUGUGGUCGCGCAAGAACGCGCCUCUUCCAAUGAACCGUCAUCGCGCUGACUUGAGCGACGAGGGUCGUCGUCUGAUCCUCGAAGACGUGCACCCCGAAGACGCCGGCGUCUACGUGUGCGAGAUGUACGGAGAUGAGCAACUGUUCAACGUCAUCGUCGAAGCCGCGCCGUUCUGGGAGCACGGCAAACCGGUUGAUGUGACGGUGGACGAAGGGGAGACUGCGGACUUGCGUUGCAACGCGCUCGGCUCUCCACGACCGCUGUUGAGAUGGCUAAUGAACGGGGUUCCCCUGCACGAACUGAAGGACAACAGCACGAGGCGGACAAUCUUAGAGGAUGGAAAGUUGCUGAGAAUUCAUAAUGUUAGACCGGACAUGGACACUGGCGUUUAUCAAUGCAACGCCUCAAAUCCGUUGGGAUUUGUCUUUGCGAACGCGUACAUCAAUGUGCUAUGUAAGAGGACGCCAUAAGAUCAUAAUAGGAUUAAUUUAGCACUUCCACCAAAAUUUUUGUCGCCAGAAAAAAAGAUUUGGCGAGUGGCUUUGGGCCAGACAGUCGACUUCCCUUGUGACGUCAUUGCCGCUCCAAAAGCAAAGGUCCAUUGGGUGGAUGUGAAUGAUCAAGCCAUCCCAACCGUGGAGGGAAAACUUGAGGUAUGCUGUAAAAUUUGGGCUCAACUGUGGUUCGUAUUGUUUCUCUGUCAGCCAACUUUGACGCAAAAUUCAUUUCAGAUCCUCGAAAACCACACUCUCCGGAUUUACAACGUCCAUAGAGAAGAUGAAGGGGUUUAUUACUGUAACGUCAGCAAUAAAUACGGCAUCAAUCGGGCAGAGAACACCUUAAUGGUUUAUGGUACGAAUUUCACUGCGUUUGAGCCGAAGAUCUUACAAGUUGUAUAUAAUUUACACUUCGUUUUCAGAUCCCAUGUACUUUGUCGAAGUUCCUAAACCCGCUCGUUUGGAAGUGGACGCGUUCGCCGACGUCGAACUCCGCUGUCAAGCCAAAGCCGACAAACGCCUUAAUAUCGAAUAUAUCUGGUCCAGAGAAGGCGAGAAGAUCACUGAAGCGCCGGUUAUGGAAGAAGACGUGAGUGUGCUUCGUUUGGACAAUGUGCGUGGCCGCGAUACCGGCCAUAUAAAGUGCACGGUGGCCACGGAGAUUGGCAAAAAAUCCUCCGGGGUUUACUUGAUUGUUCGGGACGUUCCGGAGCCGCCGUCGGAGAUCUCGAUGACUUGCCAGGCCAAUAGUGCGCUGAUCUCUUGGCAACGCCCUAAGGCACACGGCAGUCCGAUUACGGACUAUCGAAUUGAGUUGAGGACGAAUUUUGACCCAGACAACUGGAAAACAGCACUUUUGGUGCCGAAUACGAAUCGAAGCGAGUACGAAGCACAUGUCCAGCUGUCACCAUGGGUAAGGAUAUUCUGUAUUUCGAGUGAUAAUGAUAUUCCAGUCAGUAUUAAGGCAAAAAAAUUAAUUUUAAGACCAAAAAAACAUGUUAGGGUAGGUCAGCUCUUCUGUUAUGAUUUCUUUUGUCAAUAACUUGGAAAAUGACAUACCAAAAUUGUUGAACUUUAUAUUUUUCGGCAUUCACUGGGCCUCCUUUUCAGGUUUACAAAUUUUCGUCACUAAAACGUCCUCAGGCGAUUUUUAAACACAACCUUUAUGGAAGGAUUGAUCAGCCGGGCCUGCAAAUUCUUUUUGCAAACAACUUAAAAAUUAAUGAGUAAAAGCUUACAAUAGUUCUUUUUUUAGAAUAUACAGCGCCUCUAUUUCUCGGCUACAAAACUUUUCGCCAUAAUAUAACCUUAGUGCUAUCUGAAAUCAAAAUCUUUGACCUUUGACUUCUCUAACAUUCCUACUUCAAAUCUUACUUUCAGAUCAUCUACGACUUCCGGAUUGUUGCCAUCAACAUGUAUGGUGAGAGUUCGCCAGGCUCUUCAGUCACAGCCCAUUGCGAAACGCGGCCGAACAUUCCAUUUUCGAACCCAAAAAAUGUCAAAGUUUUUGGAACCGAACCGGAUAAUCUCGUCAUAAGUUGGGAUCCAAUGCCAAAGCCGGAUUGGAAUGCGCCCGGCUUAAAAUACCAAAUUCGAUACAGAAGACAGAAGAAAGGAGCGGCCUGGAAAGAGUUCUUCGUCGAGGAUCCCUUGGCGGUAAGUUUCGAAAAAAAAUUUUUUUCACAGUCCAAAACUGUCUUCAUCUUUUCAGAACCACACAAUUCUCCGCGAUAUCCCCACCUUCAAGCCGUUCGAGGUGCAAGUUCGAGCCGUGAACGAGCGCGGUCCCUCGUCCGUGGAGCCUCAAAUUGUCGCCGGGUUCUCGGGCGAGGACAUUCCGCUGACUCCUCCGGCCAACGUUCUUGUCCAAGAGAUCCCCGAAUACAAUCGAGCGAUUAUUGCGUGGGAUCCGGUCGAUCCGACAACACUAAGAGGCUUCUUCCGCGGCUACAAGAUAAUUUAUUGGGACCAGAAGACACCGAAUAUUGUAAAUGAGGUCAAAGUGGGCCCGGAGCGACUCAAAGCCGAGAUCGGCGGGCUGAAUGCGAUGACAAAUUACACGGUGGAAGUCAGAGCGAUCAACGAACGGCAUGAGAGUUCGAGCAGUUUGCCGGCCAACUUCUUGACACCGGAAGGACGUAGGUUUGCAACAGCUUGCGUUGGAUGGGAUACAAGACUUCAGGGGUAUCAAAAUUUAUGGAAAUUUGUGAAUUAUGGCCAAAUAUUAUGAACGUGGCCAUUAUGAAAAAAAUGGGGAAAUUGGAAAUAGUGUGGCCAAACCGAAACAAAAGUGGCCAUAUUGAAAAAAAUCUGGCCAAAUUAAAAAUUUUGGCAAAGUGGAGAAGUCUUGGACCUAUUUUUCACAAAUCUUUUUAAUUUGGCCAAACUUGCUACAUGUGUAUUGUGCCACAUUUUACCAGAUUUUUGGCUAAAUCCAAGCAUCUCUCCAAGGGAAUGUCCCAGUUUUAGCUUUCUUUAAAAUAAUUUUUUUCAGGCCCCUCCGAAGUUACCCGACUAAAAGUUACCGCAGUUGGAGCUCAAUCAAUGCUCGCUACUUGGGACUUGCCUCGAGAAUUAAACGGCCAUAUUCGAGGGUAUUACGUGGCUUUCCAAAGUAAUUACAGUAACUCUUUUUUUAUUUUUUUUUUGUCAUCAAAAUAAAAAAUUUUUUCAGACGCCUCAGCAAAGGAUGAGGUCAGCGAGAGUUACGUGAUCUACUCUCAGCGCUAUUAUCUGGCCGAACAGCUCACGCCGGACACUGAGUACCUCUUCUAUGUGUGGGCCGAGACCAAUGGCGGAGAGGGUCCGAAUGUCUCGAAGGCUUUUCGAACGUUCCCGCUGAGACGUAAGUCGCAUGCAUUACUGUAUUUUUCAGUCUCAAGGUUACGUAAAAGGCGUUUUUCCGAUGUAGCUGAUCUAUAAAGGCCGCAAAAAGAUUUGAAAAACUAAUCAGCUUGACUUUUCAGACCCAGAUCCGCCUAAAUUUUCGGCAAUCCCGACCUCGUCGACCAGCUUUAAAAUCACUUGGCAUCCGAACAAUGGAAGUAAUUGGGGUCUCUCCGGAACAACCUUCCACCUUAAAUACGGAAUUCUGGGUAAGAAAUUGAUUAGAUUUUGUUUUUUUUUCUCAUUAAAAAAAAGGUUUUUUUGCCUAUAACUUGAUGAGUUGAUUUGGAAAAAAAGAGUAAUUUUUUUAUAGAAGCGUUAUACAUCUCACUGGUAAUAAGCCCGAAAAUUUUCAAGAUAAAAAUCGAAAAAAUUCGGCAUUUUUUGAAUUUGCAACGUAAAAGUCUCAGUGGUUUUUGAAGGGUAAAGCCUUCAAAAAUGCGUUUAAGCUUCUAUUCUACAUUUUUGCCAUGUUUUUUUUAAAAAUUGAUUAGAAUUUUUAGGCUUUUUUGGGGCUUGUUUAGGCUUUUUGGAUCAGUUUUGGGCUUCUCUAUGCAAGCUUUUUUGUGUUGCUUGGGCUUAUCCAGGCCUGUUUAGACUUGACCUAGACAAAUCCUCUAAAUUUUUUAAUUUUUUUUGUCCCCAGAAAUCUGACAAAAGUUGAUGAGAAUACUUUCUGAGCUUUCAAAUUUAAUGAUUUGAAUUUACAGGCUCAUCCGACUUCAAUCGAACCGACGAAAUCGCCUUGCCGACUCGAAGUUUCCUCCUCGACAACCUCCUUCCGGACGCUGACUACUGGAUCCUCGGCGUCGCCAGGGAGAAUGAUCGGCACACCGAGAGUCAAGAAUAUCAACUGCACACCAGUUCGGGGAUCAACCUGAGCCAUUUGAAUACCGAGAAUCUCCGAGAGGCGGCGUGGUUCAUCGUGAUUUUGAUCGUUCUCGCCGUCGCCCUCGUAAUUCUGGUUCUUUGUUGUUGUUGCGCGCACUUCCGGGGCCGCAAAUACUCGGUGAAGAAGCGGGAACGUCAGUUUGGGAAGCCGGACCGGGACUCGGACGAAUAUCGAAAGUUUUUGGAGUAUCAUCAUCUGAAUGAACGGGAUGAUCCGCCGACAAUCAGUGUGUCGCUGGCCGCCGACUCCACACUCGAUUCGCGGAAACGAGCGCCCAGCAUAGAGGACAGCCAGAAAAGCCAUGGCUCACUCAACGAACAUGCACAACUUUUGCCCAACAAAAAUUAG